AUGGCUGAACCUCCGGCAUUCAAUGCCUCCAUCCCAAACGGCGGCAACUCAUUAGAAGUAGACGUCAACGCUCAAUAUGCCGGCUACGAAUUCAAUUACUCCUACAUCGUCUUUUGCGGGUUCAUCGUCUGGCUAAUCAUUCCGGGCAUUGGGUUACUCUACGGUGGUCUUGCGCGUAGAAAGUCUGCAUUAGCGCUUCUUUUUCAGUCGUUGAUGGUUGUCGCUGUGACUACAUUUCAAUGGAUGUUUUGGGGAUAUUCAUUGGCUUUUAGUCGAGAUGCUGGCCCGUUCAUUGGUAGUCUUACUAAUUUUGGAAUGAAGCAUGUUCUGGCUGCGCCAUCGCCAGGUUCGAAUGUGCUUCCGGAAAUUGUUUAUUGUCUUUAUCAACUGCUCUUUUGCGCUUGCACGGUCAUGAUCGUUGUUGGCGGCGCUUUCGAACGAGGAAACAUCAUCCCCUCCCUCAUAUUCAGUUUCUUCUGGGCCACCAUCGUCUACUGCCCUAUCGCCUGCUGGACGUGGAACAGUAAUGGCUGGCUAUAUAAGCUCCCAUCUCUGGACUUUGCCGGUGGUGGUCCAGUGCAUAUCUCUUCUGGGUGGGCAGCACUCGCUUAUGCGUUUGUUCUUGGAAAACGCAAGCAUCAUGGAGAACAUACGCAUGGAAAGCCUCACAACACGACAUUGGUCUUUCUAGGCACUGUGUUGAUUUGGUUCGGGUGGUUUGGAUUCAACGGAGGCUCCGCACUCAAUGCAUCAAUCAGAGCCAUGCUUGCAGCCUUCAACACCAACACCGCCGCCUGCACUGGUGUCAUCGGCUGGGUGCUGGUAGACUACAUCCGCAACAGAGGUAAAUUCUCCGUCGUGGGUGCAUGCGAAGGUGCCAUCGCAGGUCUCGUAGGCAUCACCCCUGCAGCCGGUUACGUCUCCGUCUGGCUUGCAGCGGUUAUUGGCUUUAUAACCGCAGUAAUUUGCGCAUCUCUUCAAAACAUAAAUGAUUGGAUGCACAUCGAUGACGGCAUGGAAGUCUUCAAACUGCACGGUAUUGGCGGAAUAUGUGGUGCCUUUAUGACUGGUAUUUUCGCGACAUCUUCCAUCUCCGCUCUGGACGGUGUUUCGGUUUAUCCCGGCGGUAUAGAUGGGAACGGUAAACAGGUUUAUUUGCAACUUGCUGAAAUCGCGGCUAUUUCGGGGUACUCGUUUACCGUCUCGUGUAUCUUGUUGUAUAUUCUCAAGUUUAUCCCCGGCAUGAACUUAAGAGUGGAGGAAGAGGCGGAGAUGAUUGGUUUGGAUAAGGCGCAGUUCGUAGAUGAGCAGAUCGGAGAUUGGAGUAUGUUUGAUACUGUCCCCGGGGUCAUGGGGAAGAAUAAUGAGUCGUCCGGUGCGAUGGUUACGCCUAUGCCGAAGCAUGAGUCUCCGGAGACGGCUUGA